AUGGAGCACACAACCACAAACAUGUCGAAGGCACCCUCACUCGCCUCAAUCCGAAUCCUAGCCUUCCUCCUCUUUCUCGUGUCAUCAGUAUCCGCUCUGCAGGUGACGCCCGGCUCGAAAUGUGCGUCCGUCUGUCUCGACCAACAAGACGGAAACAGCCUUGACCCAGCGGCCUCGUCGAAUAGCCCGGAUGAUAUGGUCUGCAAGGAUGUUGAGUUCUACUCAGACGCCAAUGGCCUCAAGUUCAAGAGUUGUGUAGAGUGCCUGCAGAAUAGCGAGCAAGUCAAUGGAACGGAAAACGAUAUUAGCUGGUUCCUCUACAACCUGCGAUAUGCGACGAGCGUCUGUCUCUGGGGCUGGCCGACACACAAGAAGAACGUUUCAUCUCCUUGUGACAUUGACUAUGCCUGCCACCCGCUUCAAAAGGCCCUCGAGACGGGGAAUCUCAACCCAGCCAACGAGACGGAGUACCAGUACUGCACGGCAGGUGAUUCAGUCUUUCAGAGCUCAAGUGUUCAGAACUGCAUCCAGUGCCUACAAGCCAGCAGUGACCAGAACUAUAUGUCCAACUUUCUCAUCGCUCUCGAGGCAGGCUGUAAGCAACAGCCGGCGCCCGGCCAGCUCUUGGGACUGAGCGGCGCAAUCUUCUCAGAUUAUGCCGUCAAUAUCACAACGCCGCCUUCAAACGUGACGGCAGCCGACACCAAGAAGAAAGACAAUGGGACCAUGACAACGGGCACCAUCGUUGGUAUCGCCGUCGGAACGGGACUGCUUUUCCUUGGUGGACUAGCUCUCUUCUUUGUAUAUUGGCGCAAACAGCAGCGGUAUAAGAGAGAGGACAGCGGUUCCCCAGAUCCCUAUGACAAACCACUACGCAGCGGCAGCAGUUCCAUAACUGCUACGAACAGUGGCACGGUACCUCACUAUACCUUGGAUUACAAAUCCGAGCCGCCAAGCUAUGAGCUACAGCAGCAACAACAACCACAGCCACAACCGCCGGCACACAUCGUCAGUCACUUCUCGAGCAAUGCAGACUACUAUGAUGAUUUGGAGAACCAGAACCGCGGACGGCCUCUGCCCCAGAACCAGCCGGCUGAAAUCACCAGCGUCAGUCAUCACGCCAAUAGCGCACUGCCUACCCACCCUGCCUAUGUUCCCCGGGGCUACAUAGGAGGCCGGCCCAGCCGCAACUCGUCGCCAAACCAGCGACCGCGGCCCAAGUCUAACAAGCCCGACUCAUACGCCAUCCAAGUCUACUUGAACGCCCAAGAAGACUCCAAGAUACCACCACCACCCCCAAACCCGCCCCAGACACGGUCCACCAAGCCCAUCCCGGUGGCCGCAUCCAGAGCCUCGCAAUUUGCAGGCCCACCCGCAGUCUCAACAUCUGAGCCUGCUCCUGCUCCUGCUCCCGCCCCACCACCACCGCCACCACCUCCACAGGGGCAGAAGAAACCGCCCGUGCCGUCCCUCAUCCUGCCUUCCGUGCCUCGAAUACGAGUGCCGAAGAAGUACCCUCCACCAUCAAUACAGAUCCAAGAUGCCACGCCCAUCGAAAACCAGGGCGGGAACGACAGGUUCGCCAUCUCCGGCCCGCUGGCAUUCCCGGACGAGCGCUUCAGGAACAGAUCAUCCUCGCCCAAUGACCGCGUCGUCGAGCACGUCGUCCAGCCGCCCCAGAUCUCGCCGGUUCCCAUCGGGAGCGGGAAGAGCUAUCUCUACGGCUGA